UGUACUUAUCCACCUCCAUUCCUUCUUCCCCAGGGCGAGGUUCGUCUUCACAUCUCGGUUUACACUUCGUCACCUCCGCACAACCAGCCACGCGGCCGAAGAAACGAUGGAACUCACUGAAGCGCCCGUGUUGAACCUAUCUCUCGACUUCGGGAACGAUGCCGAUUUCGACUUUAACAGUCUCGGGGCUGGAUGGCCAUCAGGCAGCGUCAGCGGCUCCUCGUGUGCCUCGUCAAGCUUCGGCCCUCAUACGCCAACCUCUGGUCGUUCGACUCCGCACUACUCGGCCUCCUUCGAUUUCAGCUCCUCGUUCGCGUCCUCCACCGGCGUAGUCCCCUUCGAUCCCAGCCCACCUUCUUCCGCUACAUCGACCUACUUUCCAAUGACGCCCAAGAGCAGCAACGUCUCCAACUUCGUUUAUCCCGUUUUCCCUGCCACGCCCUCCCGGGGGCAGCUCGUUUUCUCUUGUGACCCACUCAGCAGUUACACGGCUCAACUGACUCCCUCGCAAAACAUGGACUGCAGCUUCCCCAUGAACCAUGUUGAUUCUCAUUCAUACUUGGCAGCCUCGUCCGCCUUGGGGCAGUACGACCACCUGCCUAACGGAGUGUCUCAUUGGACAUACCCGGACAGCCCCAUCAGCUUCGACCAGCACUCUCCAGCUGGGGCCGCUCAGUCAGUACAGUCAAUCAAGCAGGAGUUCGACGAGGACAUGAUGACACCAAUGACGCCCUCGGUCGCAACGAAAAAGCGAGUUCUGAUGGACGAGACGCGGCAUAGGGCGAUGGCGCUCCAACAGCAAAUGCAGCAAUGCUCGCCAUCGAAAUCACGAACGCGGGCCAAGAGAGCAAAAAAGCGUCGCACAGGGGCGGCGGGCGACGACAACUUUUCCAUGGACGCUGUCGAGCCGGCUACCAAAUGCAAAUGCCCUGUUGAGGGGUGCGACAAGCGGUACCGGAGGUCUGAGCACAUGAAACGGCACAUUCAGAGCGUGCAUGAGAUGUCGGUGGAGAAACUGUUCCGUUGCGAUUGGUGCCCCCAUACAUCCAACAGGUUGGAUAACUUGACUGCCCAUAUCAAGUUGCACUGGGCUCCCAGGGAACACCCGGGAUCCAAGCCGAGGGUGAAGUACUGCCCCGCGGCGAGGCUGCAGUGGGAGAAGAUGGUCCAGAAUCAACGAAGGGGGGGCGGAGGCGCGAAGCCCAAAACACGCUCCAACUCGGCCAAGUGAGAUUGGUGGGAGAGGGGCCCGAAAAUACGAUGUGGAUGUUUCGAUGAGUACGAUACUGGACGGAUAAUGCUAAUGUACGUUACCGGAAAUGGAAGGAAGGGUUUUGGAUAUGGUCUGGGCUGGG